AGUAUAAAUACAUGUUAUUUUAUCUUAAACUCGUAUAGUUAAUACCGUUGGGUCUUUCAAUGACCUGCACCAUGUUGCCCUUCGUUUUGGUAUUUCUGUUCGCCCAGAGCACAUUCGCCUUGCCAACAGCACUCGUCAACUUCGUGGACGUCAAUGAAGCAAGACCAGUGAUUGACAAUGGCCAACUUGUCUCCAGAGCGCUAAUCGACAAAGUCUUCGAGCUGAUCGAUGGAGCUGAUAUUCCUUUGUACGCUCAAAUGAUGAUCCAGAGCGUCAAUGACCAAGCCAACAGUGGUGACGCCGCUUCCCAGGCCUCCGCAGUCGUGCUUGCAAUUAACGCUAUCGCUGAACUUGCCAAUGGCAUCCCUGGUGAUGCUUGCGAAUCUGCAGCUUUAGUCAACGCCUACGCCUACGCCGUCAGCACCGGAAACAGCGCCGGUCUCAGAUCCGCUCUCGUCAAAUACGUACAACGUAUCAACGCUAACAUCGACGCAAUAGUGCGACUUGUCAACAGCCCUGACUCCGUCCGUUACUCGUCUGGACCACGGGGUAACUGUAUCGGCGGUGGCAGAAGCUACCAAUUCGAGGAAGCCUGGGAUGACAUCUUGAACAACGCUAAUCCGUUCCAAAUCGGUCUCCUCAACGAAGAGUACUGUGCAGCUAAGCGCAUGUACAAUGCUCCAAGCGUCAGGAGCAACAAUCUGGCCGCCACAGUAACCGCUUCUCUCAGCCGUUACGUGAAUCAAAUCGGCCAGAACGCCCUUGGACCACUCGCUGAGUUCUUGAGAGCAGCCGCUAUUGGUGGAAAUCUAAACGUCAGCGCUGGAAACGCCAAAGCAGCACUCUCCCGAGCUCUCGCCAGUGUACAAUACUGAAGACCUUAAUUCAUAUAACCUAUAAUAUCACAUGCUAACUCAAACAACGCAAUAAACCGGACAUUUUUUUUAUAUAUUGAAUAUAUAACAACAGUUAACUAUAGAACUUUACCGUGACAUUUGAAAUAGAUAAAUUUAUUAUAAUGUAAAUAUAAUAUUCAUAUAAAGACAAUGUUUUUUAUUUCGAUUCAAUAAAUGUCAUCAUUGAACACAGCA